GUCUUGAAAAAUCCUAUUUAUAUUGCAAAAGAACCUCAGUUUAGUGGAUUUUUUCCUCAUUUUAGUGGGUUUUUUUCCCAAUCCCCAUCUUAUGGAGUGAUGUGAUUACAGGAGCUGCUCAGGUUUCUCACCAGGGAAGUCUUUAUAUCCCUACAAAGGGCUCGUUUUCUGGUGAAUAAUCUAGGAGUUUGAAUAGUGAAUAAGCUCUAAAGCCCCAGAAAACCAAAAGAAAAGCAAAACAAAAGGCAGCCAAGCAGAGCAGGAGGCUGUGGGAAGAGCUUAGGCUCUGCCUGAAGCACACUGUGUCUUGCCAAAGGCUGAACUAGAAGAGUAAUAGUGAAAGUGCAAUUUCUCACUGUCUUGCCUCUAACACAGCUCAUGGUCCAAAGGUGGCUGCCAAAACUGAGAUUUAAAACUGUGCUCGCAUUGAUUAAAGUUCCUGAGGUCAAGAUGUGAAAUGUGGUUUGGGGAAGGACUAUUGGAUAAAAAUCCACUGAAACUCUUCUUUUUUUCCAGGCAUGCCAGGUGUCUCAUCAUUUUCAGCUUCUGCCUGGGACUUUCCUGCCUCUCAGGAUUCUUCCAUAUGAAGAAUAAUAAUUACAGAAUCUCAAAGAGCCACGAGGAGCUGCUGAUCCCUCCCACGCUGUGCCAUGCCAAGACAAACGUCAUGUUCCUCAAAACCCACAAGACUGCCAGCAGCACUGUGCUCAACAUCAUGUUCAGGUUCGCAGAGAGGUACAACCUCACUGUCGCCCUCCCUGCUGACCAGCUCUUCCACCUGGGAUACCCAAGGACUUUCGUGGCCCACUUUGUGGAGGGCUUUGAAACCAUAGGCCAAAAUUACAACAUCAUGUGCAAUCACCUGCGGUUUAACCCCUCGGAGGUAAAAAAGGUGAUGGCAGCCAAUACCUUCUACUUCUCCAUCCUGAGGAACCCCAUUCCUCUGCUGGAGUCUUCCUACAUCUACUACAAGGACUCUGUGCCUGCCUUCAGGAGCUCCAAGAACGUGAACAAGUUCCUGGAAUCACCCACAAAGUAUUACCACCCAGCAGAUUAUAGGAAAAACAUCUACGCCAGGAAUAUCAUGUGGUUUGACUUUGGCUAUGAUAACAAUGCGGAGGAUGACACGAACUACACCCAGGCUGUCCUGGAGGAGAUCGAGCAGAACUUCCACCUCAUCUUGAUAGCAGACUACUUUGAUGAGUCCAUGAUCCUCUUGAAGCACACUUUGUGCUGGGAUCUGGAUGACGUGAUUUACUUCAAGCUCAAUUCUAGAAGCCAGGACACUGUCCAGAUGUUGACACCAGAAAGUGAGGAGCAGAUAAAAGCGUGGUGCUCGCUGGACUGGAAGCUCUACCUGCACUUCAACCAGAGCUUCUGGAGGAGAAUUGAGCAGACCAUAGGGCUUGAGGUGCUGGAAAAGGAGGUGGAUCACCUGCGGAUCAGACAGAAGGAGCUCAUGGAGACUUGUCUCUCAGAGCAGGAGGCAGUGAGGAAGGAUCACAUCAGGAAUAAAGCUCUCUUGCCUUUCCAGUCAGGGGCUGCAAAUAUCCUGGGUUACAACCUCAAACAAGACUUGGACAACACGACUCUGAGAACCUGCCAGAAAAUGGUCAUACCAGAGCUCCAGUACACGUCCUACCUUUAUGCUGUCCAACACCCACACAAGAAGAGGAAAGAUGUGGGGUUGCCAUUGCUGUGGACCAGUCUCCAGGAGAAGAUGCAGCUUCCAGGGUCCAACUAGGACAUGUGGCAACCCACUGUGGCUUCCCACUGUUUUGCAUCACCCCUUGUCUGACGUGUAACUGACCCACAGGACUCUUGUGCAUGAGAGGGAUGCAGCGGGGGCUUUGUUUAGGGACACCAAGUUGGUGGUUGGUCUCUUUUUGGGGACCUUGAGCCAAAGGCUUUGCAUUGUCCAGAUCCUGGGUGAUCCCACCUGCCUGCUCCUGGCUGGAGGGAGCCAGGCUGGCUGCAGCCGGCCAAGACAUUCCAGCCUCUUAAUCAUUAAUCAGGAGUGUGAUCAUUUGC